UAGUACUUCGGAGGUCUUCGGUCGCAGCGAUCAUAAAACUCGAUGCAGGCAAACAAUCAGAGACAAUUGCUGAAUGUAACCAAAGCUCCAGACACGGCGAGCCGAGCCAAGUAGCCGGAGCGUGGAGAUACUUCCAAUCUCUCUGAUUAGUUGGCAGCGCGCACUGAGCAGCAACGCAUCGUUUGGACACCCGAGCAACUUGUGGAAUCUGAUAUGUCUGAGGUACGGCAAGAGGAGAUCGAGGAGUUGUACAACUUCAUCUAUCCCCUGGCGAUACAAGCGGGGGAGAUCCUCAUGGAGGGAUACGAGAUGGCCAGCAAAAAUGUGUCCAUCAAAGGUGACUUUUACGACGUGGUCACCGACUACGACAACAAGAUCGAAGACUUCCUCAUGGAGAAGAUCCUCUCCAGCUAUCCGCACCACAAGUUCAUCGGCGAGGAGGCAACGGCCAAGAACAACAACGUCUCCGGGGAGCUAACAGACGCACCAACCUGGAUCAUCGACCCGAUCGAUGGAACCUCGAACUUCAUCAAGCAGAUCCCCCAUGUUUGUGUGUCCAUCGGUCUGUCCAUCAACAAACAAAUCGCGGUGGGAGUCAUAAACAAUCCCGUUCAGAAGAAGGUCUUCACUGCCAAGCUGGGCCAGGGCGCCUUCUGCAAUGGCCAGCCCAUCCGAGUGAGUAGCUGCGACAGCAUCAAGAACGCCAAUGUGGCCUACGAAGUGUCCCUGCUGCACGUCCACUCGGUGGCCAAUAAGCACAUCAAGAGGAUCUACCAUAUAGGACUAAAUGCCAGGCGACUUGUGGCCUAUUCCUGCGUGGUGGAUGAGCUGUGUAUGGUGGCCGCGGGCAAUCUGGACGCCUUUUAUAUCGAGGACAUGUAUCCUUGGGACUGCGCUGCCGGCUAUCUGUUGGUGAAAGAAGCCGGCGGAGUGGUCACUCAUCCAUUCGGUGGACCCUUCGACAUUAUGAAGCCAGAUCUGGUCUGCGCCGGAACCGAGAAGUUGCGCAAAGAGAUCGAAGAUCUGUUGCGCAAGGCCGACCAGGAGGAGUCGGUGGGAGGCAAGCCAGUGCCGAAGUAAAUUAAGCAUGACACAAUAAAUUGUUUGCGAAAAAAUCUAAA